CCUGGCUUCUGGCCCUUGUUCCCCUUGUCACUUCUUGGGGCUCCUCCUGAGUAGAGGCUGGUCGGUACCCCCUUGCCCCAGGAUGUGAGACCCUCUAACCUGUGAUGCUGUGGCUGCCCCUUGGCCCCUUCCAUGCCAUGGAGAACCAGGUGCUGGUGAUUCGGAUCAAGAUUCCAAACAGUGGUGCGGUGGACUGGACUGUGCACUCCGGGCCGCAGUUACUCUUCAGGGAUGUGCUGGAUGUGAUAGGCCAGGUUCUGCCUGAAGCCACCACGACGGCGUUUGAAUAUGAAGAUGAAGAUGGUGAUAGGAUCACAGUGAGGAGUGAUGAAGAGAUGAAGGCGAUGCUGUCAUACUAUUAUUCCACAGUAAUGGAACAGCAAGUAAAUGGCCAGCUAAUAGAGCCGUUGCAGAUAUUUCCAAGAGCCUGCAAGCCUCCUGGGGAACGGAACAUACAUGGCCUGAAGGUGAAUACACGGCCUGGGCCAUCUCAACAUACCAGCCCUGUGGUCUCAGAUUCACUUCCAAGCAAUAGCUUGAAGAAGUCCUCUGCUGAACUGAGAAAGAUACUGGCCAACGGCCAGAUGAAUGAACAAGACAUACGGUAUCGAGACACCCUUGGUCAUGGCAACGGAGGCACAGUCUACAAAGCUUAUCAUGUCCCAAGUGGGAAGAUUUUAGCUGUAAAGGUUAUUCUGUUGGACAUUACACUGGAGCUUCAGAAGCAGAUCAUGUCUGAGCUGGAGAUUCUUUAUAAGUGUGACUCGUCAUAUAUCAUAGGAUUUUACGGGGCGUUUUUUGUAGAAAACAGGAUUUCAAUUUGUACAGAAUUCAUGGAUGGGGGUUCUUUGGAUGUAUAUAGGAAAAUUCCAGAGCACGUCCUCGGAAGAAUUGCAGUAGCAGUUGUUAAAGGCCUUACCUACCUGUGGAGUUUAAAGAUUUUACACAGAGAUGUGAAGCCCUCCAACAUGCUUGUAAACACAGGCGGGCAGGUCAAGCUGUGUGACUUCGGCGUUAGCACUCAGCUGGUGAAUUCUAUAGCCAAGACGUAUGUUGGAACAAAUGCUUAUAUGGCACCAGAAAGGAUUUCAGGAGAACAAUACGGAAUCCAUUCCGACGUGUGGAGCUUAGGAAUCUCAUUCAUGGAGCUUGCUCUUGGGAGGUUUCCAUAUCCUCAGAUUCAGAAAAACCAGGGAUCUUUAAUGCCUCUCCAGCUUCUGCAGUGCAUUGUUGAUGAGGAUUCCCCGGUCCUUCCGCUUGGAGAGUUCUCGGAGCCGUUCGUACAUUUCAUCACUCAGUGCAUGAGGAAGCAGCCCAAGGAAAGACCAGCACCCGAGGAACUGAUGGGUCACCCGUUCAUCAUGCAGUUCAAUGACGGAAACUCCACCGUGGUGUCCAUGUGGGUAUGCAGAGCACUAGAGGAAAGACGGAGCCAGCAGGGUCCCCCGUGAGACCUCAGCAGGACCAGUCACCAAAAACACAAGCUGUGACACCCUCUCCACCUGCUGCCUGAUUGCGAAGAGCUACACUGGGCCCAGCCUGUUUUCACCUCCAACCUGACCUAGGGAGCCCUCCAGAGAUCCAGCCUCUGAUGAGCCCUUCACCCCUGGUGGUGGGGCCAAAUAUGGCAGGUGGAAAUGGUGCAGAGGGUGUGGGGGGAGGGUGAUGGGGUCAUAAGAACGGAACCUCCUCUGGCCCACCCCUCGUGUUUCCCGCCUCUUCACUGUAAAGGACAGGCCCUGUCUGCAGCACUGAUGGGAAUAAAGUAUUACUGCUUUGG